AUGGCAGAUCACUUUGGAGGUGCAAUCUCUCUCUCAAGAGAACUCUCUAACACUUCUGAUUCCUCCUCCUCCACCUCCGAGCAUAGCCCGAGAAGUGUUCCUACACUCUCCACCACUCCUGUGACAGGAGACUCUCCUUCAAGACUAGGUGGACCCCGCAACAAUACCUCGCCUGAUGAUCAACACCGCCAACAACAACACAACAACAUCCAAUCAGUUCAGAUUCAGAGAAAGCCAAGAGGCAGACCACCAGGCUCAAAAAACAGACCUAAACCACCCAUCAUCAUCACCAAAGACUGCGAAUCCUCCAUGAAACCAGCCAUCCUCGAGAUCUCCGCUGGUUCUGAUGUGAUCGAAACCAUAAUCAACUUUGCUCGUAGAAACCAUGCGGGCAUAAGUGUCAUCAGUGCAACUGGGUCUGUCGCUAAUGUUACUCUUCGCCACCCAGUUUCUCAUACUCCUCCUCUAUCUUUACGUGGACCCUUUAACUUGCUUGCGUUGUUUGGCUCUUUUGUUGGUUCUUUUGCAACAAAUAAAGGAGCAUGCGCUUCUCCUUCUUCUUCUCCUCCUGGUUCUUUGUAUUCUUGUUCUUCUUUUGGGAUAUCUCUUACAGGGGUACAAGGGCAAGUUUUUGGAGGGAUUGUGGCUGGAAAGGUGAUAGCUGCAAGUCAAGUUGUGGUGGUGGCUGCUACUUUCUUGAACCCUACGUUCCACAGACUUCCAAGUGAGAAUGAUGAGGCUGAUCAAGAUAAUAAACCUAGCGUUGGUGGUGGUGGUCCUGCAAGUGAGUCUUGUGUUAGUACUGGCAUGUCCAUGGCUAUUUAUGGUGUGGCUAAUCCAACUCCAGUCAAUUGCCAGAUGCCUCCUCCUGAUGGGACUGCAAAGACUGAGAGGGCUCAAGCCAAGUGGGUGCACGCGGGUUUUAACCCUACAAGAGGUGGGUGA